AUGGCCGACAGCGGCAGCUCGGAUAGUAUCCAAGCGGGCAAUGAUAAGUCCAACCCCAAGGGCGUCGCCGGAGUCCCUCUCGAGAAGGGUGUCUCUCACACAGAACAUGUUGACCUCAACCGGAACCUCGAAGCCAGGAUCAAGAACCCCUUGGAGGGCAUUCCGCGAGAUGAGCUGAUGAAUCGGGUCGAGGUCUUCGCUCAAGAAAAGGGUCUCACCGAGCAUGUUGCUCUGCUACGCCAGGGCGCCCUUGUGGCACAGGACCCCAACAACUACGAAGAGAUUGACGGCGCCGAGGCUCUGGAUGACACAGCCAAGGCGGCCCUCGUCAAGGAAGUCGAACACAAGUGGCAUCUGCCGCCCAAGCUCUUCCUCACCAUCAUCACCUGCUCCAUCGGCGCCGCCGUCCAGGGAUGGGACCAGACCGGCACCAACGGCGCCAACAUCUUCUUCCCGGCCUUCUACCACCUCGACCCGGACACCACGCGCGGCACACUCUUGAUCGGCCUCUUGAACGCCGGCCCCUACAUCGGCAGCGCGUUCAUCGGCUGCUGGCUCUCGGACCCCGUCAACAACCUCUGGGGCCGUCGCGGCGUCAUCUUCUUCUCGGCUCACUUCUGCAUCUGGCCUGUCAUCGGCUCCGCGUUCUGCCAGACGUGGCCACAGCAGUUGGCUUGCCGGCUCCUCAUGGGGAUAGGCAUGGGCAUCAAGGCGUCGACCGUGCCCAUCUACGCCGCCGAGAACUCGCCCGCCGCCAUCCGCGGUGCCCUCGUCAUGUCAUGGCAAAUGUGGACCGCAUUCGGUAUCUUCCUCGGAACCGCCUUUAACCUGGCCGUUUGGAACACGGGACACAACCUCAACUGGCGGCUGAUGCUCGGCGCUCCCUUCCUCCCCGCCGUCCCCCUCCUCAUCCUUAUCUACAUGUGCCCCGAGUCCCCCCGCUGGUACAUGAAAAAGAACCGCUACGCCGAAGCGUGGACCUCCAUGUCCCAGCUCCGGCACCACCCGCUCCAAGUCGCGCGCGACAUCUUCUACAUCCACUCCCAACUCGAGCUCGAAACCCGCCUCCUGCACACCAGCACCUACCACCAACGGCUCACCGAGCUCCUCACCAUCCCGCGCGUCCGCCGCGCCACCCUCGCCGCCUUCACCGUCAUGAUCGCCCAACAAAUGUGCGGCAUCAACAUCAUCGCCUUCUACAGCACGACCGUGUUCCAAGAGAACGGCGCUUCCGACUUCCAGGCCCUGCUCGCCUCGUUCGGGUUCGGCCUCGUCAACUGGCUCUUCUCCUUCCCCGCCUUCUGGACCAUCGACUCGUUCGGCCGGCGCGCCCUGCUGCUCUUCACCUUCCCCCAGAUGGUGUGGACGCUGCUGGCGGCGGGGCUGUGCACGCUGAUGGAGGAGGGUACGGCGCGCACGGCGCUGGUCGCGCUGUUUGUGUAUCUGUUUGCGGUGUUUUACUCGCCCGGCGAGGGGCCCGUGCCGUUUACGUAUAGUGCCGAGGUGUUUCCGCUGUCGCAUCGGGAGAUUGGCAUGGGGUUUGCGGUGGCGACGUGUUUGUUUUGGGCGGCCGUGCUGGGCAUGACGUUUCCGUUUUUGUUGAAGGAGGCGAGUGUGGUGGGUGCGUUUGGCGUGUAUGCGGGGUUUAAUUUGGUGGCGUUGGUGAUGAUCUUCUUUUGGGUGCCCGAGACGAAGCAGCGGACUUUGGAGGAGCUGGAUUAUGUGUUUGCGGUGCCGACGAGGCGGUUUGGCGCGUAUCAGUUGACCGAGGCCCUGCCGUGGUUUGUGAAGCGUUGGGUGUUUUGGCAGAGCGGGGCUGAGUUGAGGCCGCUGUAUCAGUUCGAUCAGCAGGAGAAGAGGGCGGCGGGGGGAACGGAGAAGGGGGUUGUGGGUGGGGUUGAGGGGGAUGUUGAGGAGAAGAAGGCUGAACAGUGA